CGGUGUGUGAAGGGGGUACUACAUGUUGCCCCUUGCCCUAGUGGAUUUUUUUUUAGUUUUUUAGUUAUUAAGAAGCCGUGCUACAGACAGGACAGGGAAAAAAAAACCAGAAAAAACAAAAAAAAAAACAGCUCGUCUGCAGCCCUUAGAUUAGUGCGCCGCCCCAAAAGCAUCUGUUAUGUUAAUUCUGUAUAAAGCGAGAAAAGGAGGAGGAGGAGGAGGAGGAGGAGGAGGAGGAGGAGGAGGAGGAGGAGGAAGAAGAUCUCGUGUAGGGGAGGAUGCGGAGAGGGAUGCAGCUGUGGAGGAGGAAGUCAGGAAGCCCAUCCCCCCUGUGAGUUUCUAUGCCAUGGACAGUGAGAGCCUUGUUCUUGAGGCGGUGCGUCCGAAUGUGGUCAUCAUUUAUGACCCGGACAUAACCCUCGUGAGGGAGUUGGAGGUGUUCAAGGCAGAGAAUCCGUCCCAUGCACUGAAGGUCUACUUUUUGUUCUACGAUGCCUCCACGGAAGCAAAGAAGUUUGAGAGCUCUAUCCAGAAGGAGAACGGUGCGUUUGAGAGUUUGAUCAGGCAGAAGGCUUCAAUGAUGGUCUCUGUGGAUCAAGAUGGGAGGAUGCUGGGCCUUGAACCACGGACCCCGAUGUUGCCGUUGUUGACGCAAACGACGGUGUCGACGAGGAGAGCCGGGGGGCGUUUGGGAGCCCCGGAGAAGCAGAUGCAGGUGAUUGUUGACAUGCGAGAGUUCGUCAGCAGCCUGCCUUGCAUGCUUUAUCAACAAGGAAUGAAGGUCUUGCCAGUCACCCUGGAGGUCGGCGACUACAUCCUGUCCCCGCAGAUGUGCGUUGAGAGGAAGAGCAUCAGCGACCUGUUUGCGUCUUUUGCAUCUGGCAGGCUGUACCACCAGGCUGAGUCAAUGUUGCGAUACUAUAAAAUACCCAUCCUGUUGAUCGAGUUCAACCAGGACAGGAGUUUCUCGUUGUCGUCAGCAAACGAUCUUACGGAUGAUAUCAGCUCAUCAAGCAUCAUCUCGAAGAUGUCCCUUCUGGCGCUUCACUUUCCUCGACUGCGGAUCGUGUGGUCCCGGAGCCUCUAUGCAACGGCGGAGAUCUUCGCAUCUCUCAAGACACAUCAAGACGAACCCGAUCUGAAAAAGGCGAUGACUGUUGGCGUUCCGACCGAAGACGGGAUCAUUGAAGGAGACGCAAGGGCAGAACUGUUCAACACCACUGCGCAGGAGAUUCUCCGGCGCCUCCCGGGCGUCACCGAUGCAAACUACCGCACGCUAAUGGACGGUUGCAACAGUCUCGCAGAACUCGCGGAACUGCCGAUCGAACGGCUCCAAGUGCUCAUGGGGGGGCAGAAGUCUGCGAAGAUCCUCCGCGAUUUCCUUGACGCCAACGUAGCAGAGGGGUACGAGGAGGCAAAGGAGGAGGUGCAGGAGGAGGAGGAAGAGGGGGUAAAGGAGGAGGAGGAAGUGGAGGAGGGGUUAGAGGAGGAGGACGAUGAGGAGGAGGGGGUAAAGGAGGAGGAGGAGGAGGAAGGGGUAAAGGAGGAGGAGGAGGGGGUAAAGGAGGAGGAGGAGGAGGAGGAGGAGGAGGAGGAGGAGGAGGGCAACGACUACCAAGUUACAGCAAGCAGGUUAUGGAGCAAUGGUCAAGAACGGAGAACUCGAAGAGUUGCUGAGGAGUGUACGGCAGAAGAAGGCUGGGGGUACCAGCAAUUGAGCGCUCGGAACUGGAAAAUUUCCCAGAUGGGCAUGGUGCAGUGGAGGGGACAGAUCAUGGGAAUGAAUCGAGUCGUUUUGUGCGACUCAAUUCAUUCCCACGGCAGGAUUGUGGAGGUGAGGAGAUGGUGGUGAUCCGCAAAAACAACGUGGGAAUGGAUCGAGUCGCAAAUUCGCAAUGUGCCAGAAGAAAGUUGGUCAUUGACUGUGUCUGAGAGACUGUGAAGAAAGUGGGAGUGAGUGUAUGUGAGUUUAUGUGAGUGGAAGCGACAAGUCCUGUGCGAUGUUUGGCUGCUGGGACAUUUCACUGCAUUGGAUGGGCCGGUCAAUCGCAUUCUGAAUUGAAUCGCAGAACUUCGAGAAGGAGCAUGUACCCGUGUGUGCGAAGCGAGUACAGAAGAGAGGAGAGUGAGAGUGUAUGUGAGCCACGGUGACAAACCCUGUGGGAUGCUUGGCUGCUGAGACGUUGUGCGGUAUGAGAGAGGGGGGUCAGUCCCAUUCUACUGAGUUGAAGUGCAGAACAAGCAUGCACGAGUGUCUGCGAAGCGAGAGUACGGAAAGAGCUGAGGCAACGGCAGAAUGCUGCAGAUUGUGGAGGGUUGGGAGUUGGAGGAGGAAGUGAGUGUUAGGUGCAGUCACAAAGAGUAAUAUGCUGAAGCAGACUGCGGGGGGAGGGGGAUGAGCAUGCGGAAAGGAAGCAAAAACAACUGCAAGGGGUGGGAGGAGGGAGGAGGGAGGAGGGAGGAGGGAGGAGGUUCAUUGCCCUGCAGAUCAGGAUGCGUAGGGAAUUGACGACAAAGGCGGUUGCGUAAUAGUGUGCUUGUUAUAUCAGCCACAUAACACAAAACGAGCAAUUCGGUGAGAGUGGGAGCGAGCAGUGAGUCUGUCCUACGACUGCUUGAAAGUCGGAAACUUGCACCUCAAGCUGCACCCAGGUGCGCACAUCUUUUGUAGUGUCUAUGUGAAAGGUUAGGGCUGCGAGAAAUUGGAGAGAGACAGGCGAGUGAUGGCACUGGAUGAGCAUUGCGUUGUUGGGUGGAGGGGGUGGGUGGCUCUUGCCACUGCAUCGAUCCAUCGAAAAGGCAAUGUGACAGAGUGUUGGCUGCACUUUUUGUCCACUUCCGAACACAUAGCACAUGUUAUCGGUCAUAACACAUAGCAGCCAUCUCUGAAUUAUGAACUUUCAUGGUUAGCUUCGCAGCACAUGGCAACCAUCUCUGCCUUUUUUGGGAGAGCUACUGAGCAUUGAGUCGCGAAAGGUUGAUUGAAAGUUAAGAGCAGGUGUCGGCAGCGAAUGUGAUGAGAGCACUCUCUCAAAAAAGUGCUUGGGUAGGAAUCCAGAUUGGGAUAGAUUGUGAACUGGCAUCUGGAGGGGAACUUGGCAACAUACAUACAUACGUGUGUGUGUGUGUGUGUGUGUUGUCAUAUUCGCUAUACUUUUAAAAAAAGGCAUGACUGUACCGAACAGACUGUUUCGUCGGACUUUCACCGACUCAUCCGGAGGUUGAACCUGGACAGACAGCCUGCCCAGGAUUCAUGUGACUGAUGAAUAACGACUCCUGACCACAUUGCCCAAAGAGGAGUUAGCGAUAUCCACCCUUGAGAGAGAGAACAAGUGGUCGUCUUUACUCACGCCAACCAACCUUGCAAUCCUAGCAGGUCUGAACCUGGUCCAAACCCUUGACAAGAAGGGUAGUAAAGUCUGUGUGUGUGUGUGUGUGUGUGUGUGUGUGUGUGUGUGUGUGUGUGUGUGAGAGAGAGAGAGAGAGAGAGAAAGAGAGAGAGAGUAGUGUCAGUUGGACUUGUAGGGGCAUGCGUUCUCAGACGAGGAGGGCGUUAGUGGUAAUUGUGGCUCAUCAAUAUGUCCUGAAAGUUCCUUGUUGGCAGUUGUGCUAGAAUUUUACGCGAGUGUUUGAACUUUGAAAUGACAGCAUAAUGCUUGUAGUCCUGUGAGAUUCCACAAGUACGACGAAUGUGGUCAAGCCGUCAAGCGGUCGACAAUCUGUCAUUCAACAUCCAAAGAUGUGUAAGCAGAGCAGAGCAGAGUGCUGUGUAUGCAGCUCCAAGGGUUCAAUUAUUUACCUUAACUGAACAGAUUCAAGUCCUUUUGAGUAAAUUCAAGUCCUUUGA